AUGAAAGGGAAUCCUCCGGGAGUUUGCUUCUUCCUUGUCUGGUCAGCUUUUGUGUUCCAUUUGCCAACCAUCGUGGCCAAACCAGAACAUAAAGCUGAACAUGCCCACCCCAACACUCGAGGAGGAAACUAUUUAAAGCGUCGACACUUGGCGCGGGAGUGGCUGGCACACUUUGGAGAUGACGAUAUCUCCACUGGAAACGACAACGGUUUGGAUGACGACGACGAACCGGUGAUCUUUGAAGCAGAAGAAUUCCCCGACGAGGACAGUAGUGAAGAUCCCUUUCCAUUGUUUGAAGUGGCACCAUCCGCUUCUUUGGAGGAUCCUUCUUUGGAGGAUCCUUUCCCGGAAAUGAGUCCUUCAACAGACGAGUUCCCAGCCGAGAUGCCUUCUGAUGAAGGACUACCCCCCAAUUUCCCCGCGGAAAUGCCGUCAGGCGAUGAAAUCAUGACGGCGGUUCCCUCCCAACUCAUGUCCCCAGUCCCCACCGAAGUAGCCCCAGCUCCCACCGUUGGAGCCCCAGCUCCCACGGUAGCGCAAGAUCCAACUUCCCCAACACCUCCUAGUGCAGCACUACCUACCGAAGCGCCAAUCAGCGGACCAGAUGCCCCAAUCCCACCCAUUAGACCUCGCAGCUGUCCUCCACAAUACGGUUGUAGUGCUAUCAAUGGCAAACCUGGUUCACAGGUAUGCUACGCAUUGACGCAAACCAGGACCUUGAACGCCUGUGCCCCAGAAGGGCUGGUGGAAUCGGCACUGGAACCCCCAACUAGUUUUUGCGGGUUUUGUGCGGACGCGACACCGGCUCCUACCACCCUGGAAGAAAUCUGCAAUCCCAUCAUUUCCUGUGGACCAGUAAGCAUCCUCAUGUGCAUUGAAAGCGCAAACAUCACCACGGCAGGUUGCAUCCGGCGCGACAAGGUGCCGCUUGUCAUAGACAACAACGCUGGUUACUGUGGACUCUGCAUGAAUGUCAGGCCGCCCACAACCGUGGCUCCAGCGGCUCCCAUUGCACCGUCCGCACCUGGUUUACCUUCUGUAACGCCACCCUCGCCUACGACAUCAUCUGCUCCAGCGCCAACACCAGCACAACCCGUGGUUGGGCCUUUGCAACCCACAACAGAACCCGUGCCUGGCCCUACCGGCCCCACAACAACUGCGAGCCCCGCAACACCCCUGCCCUCGCUUGCGCCCAUCAGCACAACUGUUCAGCCCACGGUUGACCCUUUGGAUGUUUGCGACCCCCGCAUUGAGUGUCAAACUCUCCUCUUUGCUUCUGUGGGCAAUGUUGUCUGUCUCAACGUCAAUGGAACAAGGUUCAGCGCCUGCGUCGGCCCGAUCUUUAUCGAUGCUGCGCUCAAGAUUGGAGAAUGUGGAGAGUGCCCGACCGAAUCUCCGUCAACCUCACCCACUCAAGAAGCUACAACUGUGCUUCCGACGAUGGCACCCACAACACUGGAAAGUAUUUGCGAUCCCUUGAUAUAUUGUAGAGAUGACCUGGAACAUGUAUCGUUCUGCCUUACGGACCUGGAUCUGGGUGGAUUUCACGGAGACCGAACAAUUUGCCUACCCAUACGGCUACUAGAUGAAGCUCUUCCGUAUGGCUACUGUGGGGAGUGUCCCGAUCUCCCCACCAUAUUUCCCACAACAGAUCCUCUUGAAAACUGUGCUCCCGCCAUUGAAUGCACCGGGAUAUUUAACUUGACGGGGAUUGAGUUUUGCCUGGAAAACCCAACGUCCGGGAAACGAGCCACUGUUUGUUGCCCAACGAGGCUCGUACAAGCCGCUCUCGCGCAUGGGCGCUGCGGUGUGUGUAGUCCGACAGCGGCACCUUCAGUGGAGCCCACGGGAUCCCCAAUAAGUGCCUGCCCCGACCCUAUUCCUUGCGAGUGCCCCAAGCCUCCUCCACCAACGGCAUCGCCAACCGGGCCCUUAGAUGGUUGCCCGGUGGUGCCCCCGUCCUGCGCAAUCAGUGUCGGCAACGAAAUGAUAGAAGGAGUGACGUUUUGCAUUGUACUCGAAAGUGGAACACAAGUCGAACUGUGCGUUUUCGAAGAACAGGUUCAAGAUUUGCUAGAUCGCGGCUAUUGCGGUCCUUGUGUAACCCCUCCCAGCGCGUCCCCAACUAAUCUACCAGCUUCAUCGCCGUCGGCUUUGCCAUCACCAGAAGCAGCAGUUUCGCCAACACCAACUGACGAACCAACACCUAGAGGGACUAGUAGCGCACCACUGCCUUCGACCGGCCCAGGGCCAACAACAAGGCCGCCAACACUUGUUCCAACAACGAGGCCGCCAACGCCUGUUCCAACAGCAAGGCCAACUGCGCUCCCCACUCGUGCACCUGCUAGAACAAUCCCAACAAAUGAUCCUAGCAUCGCUCCAACAGAUGACCCGCUGUCAGAAUGCGAUCCUGUUAUACCCUGCAACGAUGGAGAAGGUGCUGUCUUCUGUCUCACAGCUGGAAAUGAUGUCGAAGUCUGCAUGCCGAUUGAUGAUUUGCAAGGUGCCUUGGAUGAAGAGGCAGGAGAAUGUGGUCCGUGCCCAACUGACAUGCCCUCCUUGGCUCCGACUUUUGCACCCACUUCUUCACCAAGCUCAAAGCCAUCAAUGGUCCCGACUGUAGAUCCCCUUGGUGGGUGUCCCGAGGACCCUCCCGAGUGUUCCAUAGACCCAGAUGAUGCAAAAAACAGAGUAUUGUUCUGUAUUGUGUUGGGCGGGCAACAACAAGAAGUUUGUGUCCUUGUGGAGUACAUUCAACCCUUGGUAGAUCAAGAAGCUGGAUUUUGUGGCCCUUGCCCACCUACCAGCAUGCCUUCAAACACGCCAUCAACACCCCCCCAGAUCCUGCCACCGAUUGGCCCUUCGCCUCCAAUAACCAUACCACCUGCCUUGGCUCCAGCAACUGCUCCUACUAGAAGUCCAGUUUUGGGUCCUUCCGCAGCUCCCAUUGGUGGCCCAGGACAAUCUCCAUCGAUGACUCCAGUUGAUGCUCCAGGUGCCACUCCAUCAUUGGCUCCAGUGGUUGCCGCUCCCUCUGGCAGUCCAGCUCUGGCACCUACAGAUGGCCCAGCUUUGACUCCAUCAUUGGCUCCAGCAGUUUCACCUACUGGUGGUCCAGGUUCUGCUCCAUCUUUGGCUCCAAUGGUUGCUCUGCCUACUGCAGGUCCAGCUUUCGCACCCUCCACUGCUCCAGCAGCUGAUCCAACAGUAACUCCAGGUCCAUCCCCAUCAUUGGCUCCAGUUGUUGCUAUUCCUUCUGUCCGUCCAGUUCUGGCUCCAGCUGGUGCUCCUGCAAUUGUCACUCCGGAAGCCAGUCCAGCUGUAGCUCCAGUGGUUCCUCCUUCUGGAAACCCAGCUCUGGGUCCUUCUGUGGCCCCAGUUGGUGGCCCAGGACAACCUCCAUCGAUGGCUCCAGUCGAUGCUCCAGGUGCCACUCCAUCAUUCGCCCCUGCAGUUUUACCUACAGAUUCAUUCCCAUCUUUGGCUCCAGUGGGUAAAGUUCCGACCGUCAGUCCAGUUUCAACUCCUACUUCUGGUCCUGGUUCUUUUCCAUCUUUGUCUCCAGCAGUUACUCCAUCAGUGGGCCCAGGUUCAGGUCCGUCUUUGGCGCCAGUGGUUUCUCCUACAGCAGGUCCAGGUUCAACACCAUCUUCAGCUCCAGUGGUUGAAGCUCCUUCUGGCAGUCCAGCUCUAGCUCCAACUGCUUCUCCUGUGGUUGCCACACCUACUGUCAGUCCAGAUCCAACAAUUGUUGUACCUACUCAAAGUCCUUCUUUGUCUCCAGCCAUUGCUCCCAUGGGGGUACCAACUUCAGUUCCGUCAUUGGUGCCAACAGCUGGUGAACUUCCACCAGAGUGCGAUCCUGUUAUCCCCUGUGAUGACAUUGAGAAUGGUGUUUUGGUUUGCCUCUUUCAACCUGUAGAGCUCUGCUUACCGAAAAGCUUGGUACAGGCUGCUUUGGAUGCUGGCGGUGAUUGUGGCCCCUGUCCAACCACAGAACCUUCCUCUGGGCCAACUGGAAUGCCGACAAAUGUACCAUCAACCAAUCCAACCAAAGGACUAACAGCAAACCCAACUACAUCACCUACAUUGCAACAAACCGGCAGUCCCAAUAUCGAGCCUUCAAUGGCUCCAACUGUGGAUCCCCUUACUGGGAGCCCCACUGGCACCCCAUCGAGCAUGCCAUCACCCUCCAACCAGAUCCUACCACCCUUUGCACCGUUUGUUCGACCCCCCAGACCACCUGCACUAGAUCCUUCCGCAGCUCCCAUUGGUGGCCCAGGACAAUCUCCAUCGAUGGCUCCAGUUGAUGCUCCAGGUGCCACUCCAUCAUUGGCUCCAGUGGUUGCCGCUCCCUCUGGCAGUCCAGCUCUGGCACCUACAGAUGGCCCAGCUUUGACUCCAUCGUUGGCUCCAGCAGUUUCACCUACUGGUGGUCCAGGUUCUGCUCCAUCUUUGGCUCCAGUGGUUGCUCUGCCUACUGCAGGUCCAGCUUUCGCACCCUCCACUGCUCCAGCAGCUGAUCCAACAGUAACUCCAGGUCCAUCCCCAUCAUUGGCUCCAGUUGUUGCUAUUCCUUCUGUCCGUCCAGUUCUGGCUCCAGCUGGUGCUCCUGCAAUUGUCACUCCGGAAGCCAGUCCAGCUGUAGCUCCAGUGGUUCCUCCUUCUGGAAACCCAGCUCUGGGUCCUUCUGUGGCCCCAGUUGGUGGCCCAGGACAACCUCCAUCGAUGGCUCCAGUCGAUGCUCCAGGUGUAACGCCAUCAUUGGCGCCAGUGAUUGCUCCCACAGCUGCACCGACUUCCACGCCAUCAUUGGUACCAACAGUGAAUCCAAUUCCUCCAGAAUGCAAUCCUGUAAUACCUUGCGAUGAUGAUCGUGCGAUCUUUUGUCUUGACAUUGGUAACCUGAAUGUUGAGUUGUGCGUGCUCAUUAGCAACCUCAAUAAUUUGCUGGAUAUAAAUGCUGGGAAUUGUGGUCCAUGUGUUUCAAGUCCCACAACAGCUCCUGUCACUACAGCAGGACCAACAAUGCCAAGUGCAUCACCCGUAGUGUCUACAGGCCUUCCUACUGCAACCUUUGCCCCAACAGUGUCACCAGUGGCAACAUCAUCACCCAUAGAUGGACCAACACAGGAUCCAGCCUCUCUGCCAACAGGAGUACCAACGAGUGUUGUCCCAAGCAUUUCACCAGUUGCAACAGCUUCACCCACAGCUGGAGUUGACACACCAACAGGGGAUCCCGCAUCACUCCCAACUAAAGAACCAACUGCUGGUGGACCCACCUUUUCACCAGUUGCAACAGCUUCACCUACAGCUGGUGGUACCAUUGACAGACCAACAGAGGACCCAGCCUCUCUUCCAACAAAAGAACCAACUGCUGGUGGACCCACCUUUUCACCAGUUGCAACAGCUUCACCUACAGCUGGUGGAACACCUCCUGAAAUCUCCCCUACUGUAAGCCCCACUGGUGAAGGGCUCAGCCCCACAACAUCACCAACAGGUGCUCUGGAGUGUGAUCCAGUAAUUCCCUGCGAUGACGACAAGAUCCUGUUUUGUUUACAGCCAGAAGGCGGUUCAGGUAAUGCAGAGAUCUGCUUACCGAUUGAAGAUGUCCAAGAAGCAUUAGAGAAUGGAUUCUGUGGACCUUGCCCAACAGAAGCACCAACCAAAACCCCAACUACUGUGCCUACCAUUCCGGAGGACUGUCCGGAAGACUGUGAUUGCAUUGAAUGUACUGAUGCCACAUACAACCCCGAUGGAACUAAAACAAUCUGCGUAACUCAAACCUGCAAGGACGAAUCCAUUAGUUGGAUGUGUUGUAUUGAUGUCUCCCCCUCUGGUCAGUGCAACGUGGAUGACUGCAGAGGAGGUGAAGGCCCUGAUGGACCCAAAUGUGAGGAGGUGACAGAAUUCUGUAUGACAUUGGACGAGAAUGCCACAAGCGUCACUAUCCAAGCUCACGAUGGCCAGUUUGGUGGAAACGAAGAUAAGGAUCCAUCAUGUGGCGGGGGUGGCAGUGGUAGCAGAUGUCCUGGUGUAACUGGAAUCUGCUCCACCGAAGUUGAUCUGUCCCAGUGCCCUGGUACACGGCCACCAACAUCUCCACCUCCGACAACUCUUCCACCAACCUCUGAAAUACCGUCUUCAGUUCCGUCAUCAAGACCCACGAUUGACCCACUAAAGGACUGUGUCCCAAUCAUUGAGUGUACUCCUGAUGAUCCAUCAUACGAAGAAGGAGUGAUAAUGUGUCUUGAGAGUUUCGAAGGGACAGUUUGUGUACCUGAUGAUUUUGUCCAAGAUGCCUUGGAACAAGGUUUUUGUGGAGAGGUAUGUUACUUGUUUCCGGUUGCACUGUUACUUGGAUUUGUUCAGACUAUUCCCAUGUGUUUCUCAAUCAUUCAUGGUGCACUCCCUUACUACACUGUAGUGCCCUCCAUCCACACAGCCAACUGGCACCCCUUCUUCAUUGCCAACAGGAGCACCUUCUUCAAAUCCACCGACAAAUGUGCCUUCUUCCGCACCAUCAGGGACACCAACAUUGACACCUACUACAAUGCAGCCAAGCAAUGA